GUUUAUAUCUUCAUUUCAUGUGUGGUAUCUCAAUCUAGCCCAAGACUUUUCUUCCUUAGCAUUUCCUACUCUUCCUUGUUUUGCAGACACAAUUUCUUUAUUCAUUGAUUGUCAUAUAAGCCUCAAAACAAAUAGAGAAUUCGGAAUCUUCACUUAGACACAAUUUAUUUAUUUGUUGAUUGUCAUAUAACCCUCCAAACAAGUACAGAAUUCCGAAUCUCCACUUAGACACAUCUUUAUUUGUUGAUUGUUGUAUAAGCCUGAAAACAAACAGAGAAUUCAGAAUCUCCACUUCCACUUAGCAACUUAAAGAACAAGAAAAUGGCUGAAAUGGUGGUUGGAGCACUUCUCUCGGCUUCCUUUGACGUGCUGUUUGAUCGUCUGGCUUCUCCGGAGUUCAUAAGCUUCUUUUCCAAACAAAAAUUUGAUGAUGGACUCAUAGGCAAUAUGAAGACAAAGUUACUGGCCCUUCAAGUAGUGUUGGAUGAUGCCGAGGACAAGCAGAUUACCAACCCGGCAGUGAAAGCUUGGCUGGACGAGCUUCAACAUGUUGUCUACCAAGCUGACGACUUACUGGACGAGAUAGCUACCAAGGCCUUGAGGCACAAGUUGGAAGCUGAUGAUCAUCAUCCUCCCCAAACCCAAAGCAGCACAAGUAUUGUUCGUCGAUUUCUCCAUCUAAUGAAGCAAUUUCUGUUACGAAUUAAUUGUUUUGUCUCGACUCCUGCUUAUCAUUCUGAUAAUGCUAUAGAGUCGAUGAUGAAAAAGGUCAUCAGUAAGUUGGACGAGUUCAUCAACCAAAAAAAUUCUCUUCAUUUGAUGGAGAAUGUUGGAAGACAAGGAACUUCCCACUUACCAAACAACAGAGAAGAAACUUCCCUGGUAAAUGAGUCUCAGAUUUAUGGGAGGAACAAAGACAAAGAGGAUAUAAUGAAAUUGUUGACCGACGAUAUUGCAACUGGGAAUCAGAUUCCUGUGAUCUCCAUUGUUGGAAUGGGUGGCUUGGGAAAGACAACCCUUGCUCAACAUAUAUACAAUGACACUGAAGUAAAGGACAAAUUUCAUUUGAAAGCAUGGGUUUGCGUUUCCGAUGCAUUUGAUAGUUACAAGAUAACAAAGAAAAUUUUGGACGAUGUUAACGGAACAAACAAGGACAUCGACAACCUUGACCAGCUUCAAAUCAAGUUGAAAGAGAGCCUCACUGGCAAAAAAUUUCUUAUUGUUUUAGACGAUGUUUGGAACGAUGAUUAUAAUGUCUGGGACCGCUUAAGAAAACCUUUCAUUGGUGGAGCACAGGGAAGUAGGAUUAUGAUAACAACACGCAGUGAAAAGGUUGCAUCAGUAAUGGGCGCCAUUCCUAGUCAUCACUUGGAGCCACUGUUGGUUGACGAUUCUUGGUCAUUAUUUGCAAGGCAUGCAUUUGUGAAUGGAGAUCAUAGGCCUAAUUCAGAGCUAGUGAAAAUUGGAAGAGAAAUUGUGAAGAAGUGUGGAGGCCUGCCUUUAGCUGUAAAAUCACUUGGGGGUCUCUUGAGGUCCAAUCAGGAUAUUGAGUAGUGGAAAAAA